GCCCUGUCUCCUGCGGAGCCGCUAUUCCCCAUGGUCCUUUCAGGAACCCCAGCAUCCACUAGGACGAUAGAGAAAACAAGUGUAUCACUGUCGUGUCCCCCUGCUGGCUACAGGCAGGUCCUGCAUCGUACUGCGGGUGUUCGGGAAAGUCCCCAGGCCUGGGAAAUCCCCAAGGGGAGGAGAAGCGGCCAAGCUAAGCUUGUGUGAGAGGGAACCGGCUGCUGCUGCCGCUACAUCGAUUUAGCAAACCAGCUUACCCACGGAAACUGGUAGCAGAGGCGGCGGGGAGCGCAGCACUGGGACACAGAUUCCGCCCUGCACAGUCUAGUCUCUGCUAUGAAGCUCUGUGUCCGCCAGUACCUCGCCUGGAAGCCCUGUCAGCACUGAGCGCCUCCUGUCACACAUACAUGGACCGCUCGCUGUGCUCCAGCACCAAAGUCCCAGCUCACAGAAACAUGGCAAAGCAACAGGUCCUUCCACAGGACUUAUACAUGAGUAACAUGCUGAAGGCUGUUAAAAUCCGAGAGAGAACCCCAGAGGAUUUAGUCAAGCCCAGCAAUGGAAUUAUCCAUCACUUUAGAACAAUGCACCGAUACACUAUGGAACUGUUCAUGAUAUGUCAGUUUUGCAAAACAUUCCGGGAGCUCCUGCAAAAGAAUCUUUUUAACAGAAGCAUGCAAGUUGCAUUGGAAAGUUGCAAAAAGCUUAAUGCAUGUAAAGAAGUGAAGAAACUUAUCCCGUUAAGGACAAAUGGAGAUGGAAACUGUUUACUGCAUGCCGCGUCCAUGUAUAUGUGGGGUGUGCAGGACACUGAUUUACUGCUAAGAAAGACCUUGCACAGUGUUCUCAGGACAACAGACACACGGAACUUCAAAUUCCGAUGGCAGCUUGAGUCUGUUAAAUCCACAGAAUUUAUACAAACAGGACUUCGAUACGACACACGGAAUUGGGAUGAAGAAUGGGAACACCUUGUCAAUAUGGCAUCUUCAGAAACCUCAGUUGGCCAAAGUGGGCUCCAGUAUCAGUGCCUCGAAGAGAUACACAUAUUUGUCCUGGUUAACAUCCUUCGAAGGCCAAUUAUUGUUCUUGCAGAUAACAUGUUGCGAAGUUUGGAGUCCGGUUCUAGCUUUUCCCCACUUAAUGUUGGUGGAAUUUACCUACCUCUUCAUUGGCCUACACAGGAAUGCCAUAAAUACCCCAUCGUUCUUGGAUAUGACAGCCAGCACUUUGCACCACUUGUCACCAUGAAAGACACCGGUCCAGAAAUCCGAGCUGUCCCACUAGUGUCCACUGAGAGGAGCAGAUUCGAAGAUAUGAGAGUGCACUUUCUGACUGACCAUGAAGAGAAAUCCAGAGAGAAGCUGCUUAAGGAGUAUUUGCAUAUACUGCAGAUGCCUGUGCAAUUCUGGGAACAUGGUACUACUCACCUAGUAAACACUGCCAGGCUGGAUGAAGACAAUUUACCAAAAGAUAUUAAUUUAGUAGAUGAUUACUUUCAACUAGUUCAACAUGAGUACAAAAGAUGGGAAGAGUUUUCAGAGCAAGCCGGGAAAGUAAAUGGUGCAAAAAGCAGAUUUGAAAUGUCCCUACCUCAGCUGUCCCUCGUUGAAGUGAAAUGUGAAACAUUAAACUGCCCAUUCUACAUGUCUGUAAGUACUCAGCCUUACUGCCAUGAGUGCUACGAAAAGAAACAGAAGUCAAGCGACAGGAGUAAAACUGCAAUGCAAAAGGGUGAAAAGUACCCUCACGGAGUGGGAUAUUUUAAUUCAUCCAGUCAAAUGACAGAGGAAUCAUUGUCGGGUCCUACUUCUGCCUUAGCCACGGCACCCAGCCUUUUUAUAUUCAGUGAAACAAAUGCAAUGAAAUGUAAAACACCCGAUUGCCCAUUUACAUUGAAUGUGGAGCUCAACGGACUAUGUGAACGUUGUUAUAACGCCAGACUGCUUCCACCUGGCAGUAACACGGAAAGGGCUGUAAAGUCUGACAUAAUUAGGUGCAAUAUUUGUUUUAAGGAUGCCACAAGGACUUUUAAUGGGAUUUGCAGUUCUUGCUUCAAACGGACUACAGAACAUACCCAUAGCUCAAGCUUUCCACCUUUGCAUCUUCCCAGCUCCAGCUCUGACCCUGUCAGUUUGUCUAGGAGUCUAGGUAACCUGACAGGUCUAGAGGCCACCAACGAGAGCCGGGAACCAACUGCUGGAUCACACUCUGCAGCAGCUUACACUAUAGAGGAGAGGGCCGCUAACCAAAAGUGCAGGAAAUCUGGCUGCCAAUUUUUUGGGACACUACAAAAUGAAGGAUUUUGCACAUUAUGUUAUUUUGAGUACCAAGAAAAUAAUGGAGUUGGUUCAAGAAGAUCCCACAAGGUGUCGGCAAGUAAUGUCAGCGUGGCUGGAUUCAGGAACAUGAGCCGCUGCUUGGGACCGGAGUGCAGCACAUUAGGGAGCACGCUGUUUGAGGGAUUCUGUCAAAAGUGUUUUAUCGAAGCUCAGAGCCAAAGAUAUCAUAAAGCACGGAAUACAGAUGACCAAUUACAGAGACAAACAGAGAGAUCUGGGCAAACUCGGACUGGAAAUCAUAUGAAAAUAUGUGCCAGGGAUGUGUGCAGGAAUGUGGUGUCAGGCAGGAAUGAGGAGCUGUGUGAGCAGUGCAAGCACAGAGGGGGACACCAUAAGUCAUCUGGAGAAGACACACCAAAGCUGCGGUGUAGAGCACCAGGAUGUGAUCACUUCGGUAACGUCAAGUGCAGCGGUUAUUGCAACGAAUGUUACCAGUUUAAACAGAUGUAUGGAUAACGGAAAAACACCAGGAUACUACAUUUACCAGAGAACGGUGCUACCCUCUUAACACUCCCUAAAAAUAAAGACUUUACUGAAAAAAACAGUUAUAUAAAUGGCUGUAAGCUAAGAUGAGUUAUUUAUCAAUACUCUUUAUUUAUGUAUAUACAGUUGUACAAACUUUGUCUAAUCAUUUUUGUGUGAAAUGAAUGUCCUUGUUGUGCUGCAAACUUACAAAAUUACACUUUUUCUGUUAUUUUAAAA